CAAAAAAAGUGACCCAUCAGCCCAACAAGAGGUGGAAAUCUUUAAAGUAGGUCUGGACGUGUCUUCACUGACGUUACUCAAUUUACCAAACGCAAGGACUUGUAUUUCGGUUUAGAGUGUCUAUCUUUAACGCGACACACACACCUCGUCUCGCUGUGGCUCAUUAGCAUAGCUUGUUUUUUGAUGGGGGAAUUGGAGCAGAGUGCAUCAGCAGCAGCAGUUUCAGUAUCAACACAGUGACUAUGGACAGUCUGUCCAGCCACAGCUCGUACCUGCUGCAGCAGCUCCAGGAGCAGAGGAUCCAGGGUCUGCUGUGUGACUGCAUGCUGGUGGUCAAAGGGGUCUGCUUCAAAGCCCACAAAAAUGUCCUGGCUGCUUUCAGCUCCUACUUCAGGACUCUCUUCCAAAAUUCCCCCAGUCAGAAGAAUGAGGUGUUCAACUUGGUUAUCCAGGAUGUCAGUGGCAUUGGCCAGAUAUUGGACUACAUGUACACCUCCCACCUUGAUAUCAACCAGGAUAAUGUACAAGCGCUCCUGGAUAUCGCCCAGUGUUUGCAGGUCCCAAACGUGCAGAACAUGUGUAACUCUUUCCUCAAGCCUUGUCCUCCACCAGUGGAAAUACAACCGUUUACUCUCCCAGGCAUGCUGGGCACUGAGCACGACUGCCUCUUGGGGAGCAGUCUUCCUCACGACGUUGACCUCCACUGUCCCCCUGAAUCCCAGCGGCACGGUCCCAGCAGUGACACGGACCACACCAAGAGGGCGCCAUUUUCUCUGUCGACCAGCAGCUCCAGCUGUGACACGGCGAGCAACAUUCAGGCGCCUGCAGAAAAACAGUUAAUCCAUGGCUACAAACUCCGGAACUUCUACAGCAAACAGUACUUCAAACAGACUGCACUUGAGACUAAUAGUGCGUCCUCAAACCAAUGCCCAGGUCCUUUGGUGGUGGUGGAAGAGCAGCAGUGUCAGCUUGGGGUCAGCCAGGGACUUAACAACGCACCUGUAGUUCAGCCUCAUCCACCCAGUGCGUCUGCGGCCGUGGAAAAGAACCCUGUCUCCUCUUUAAUGCCAUCAGAAAAUCUGAACACCAUCAACUCUGACUCAGCGGAUUCCAUGCUCAACAGGCCAGUCCGCCCAAAGAAGGCUGUUUACCUGAAAAAAUACAACUACCUCAGGUCUCAGAAAGCCCUGGAGGAGAUGUGUGCUGAGUCUGUGAGCGAACCCGUCCUUAGCUGUCCCAGAGAGAGUCACCGGGAGGAGGCUGUAGUCCAGACUGAAACCUCAGAGGCUCCGGUUAAAAGCGCUGCCGCAGAGGAGGAGAAAGUUCCAGAGACUGACACGGCUCCGCAACGUCCCAGUCCUCCACCUGUGUCCAAGGAAGAGCAAAGUCUGAAGCCACAGCCACACACAGGACACAAACAAUACUCUUGUGAUGUGUGUGGGAAGAUUUUCAAGCACCCGAGCAACCUGGAGCUACACAAGCGCUCACAUACUGGUGAGAAGCCCUUUCAGUGUAACGUUUGUGGAAGAAACUUCUCACAGGCUGGAAAUUUACAGACUCAUUUGCGGCGACACUCUGGAGAGAAACCGUACAUCUGCGAGUUAUGUGGUAAAAGUUUUACAGCAUCAGGAGACGUUCACCGUCACAAAGUUGUGCACACCGGAGAGAGGCCACAUCUGUGUGAUAUAUGUGGUCGAGGAUUUAACAAUUUAAGCAAUCUGAAGGAACACAAGAGGACUCACGCUACAGACAAGACGUUCACCUGUGACCAGUGUGGAAAAUCCUUCAACACGCACAGAAAGCUUCUGAAGCACAAGACUCGACACACCGGAGAUAAACCACACAUCUGUGCCACAUGUGGAAAGUGCUUCGCAGGCUCAGGUGACCUGCAACGUCACAUACGCACGCACACCGGCGAGAAACCGUACAUCUGUAACGCCUGCGGUCGGACCUUCAGCCGCUCAGCCAUGUUGAGGAAACACAGCACCAGGCACUGCAAGGGAGCGCUGGCCGACAGCCCGACUGCCAACACGGAAGAGCAGAUGCGUCGCUCAGACGGAGCAGUGGCGUUCUCUAAAGCUGUCAGCCACAGUAAAUCUUCUGCCUCCACCAGUGGGCAGCAAUUCCCCAGUACAAUGCCCCACUCAGGACUGGACAAACCCUCACAGUCACCACCCACACCUUCACCUUCUCCCACUAUGCACCUCAGCCCGGCCUCUCCCCCGACCUCCCUCCCAGAGCUCCGCUCCCUGGUCCCACAUCAUCUCCUCUCCUCCAACCACCAGGAGAAAAGUGACCCCACCAAGCUGACCAAACAGCAGCUGUGUCAGGAGGCCGUGUAUGGGCCGUACGUGGAGAAUGGGAGUAUGUCAGUGGAGAUGGGUAGAGGUGUGGCGGGGAGGUCCUACCUGCCUCCCACAGACAAUCACUGUAGUUCAUCCUCCAACAGGCCUAACAGUGGUCAGUCCUACAGGUCCAGUGAUGGUCAGUUUAUCUCCAGUGUGACUCUGUGGGGCCUGGCAAUGAAAACGCUGCAGAAUGACAAUGACAUGGAGCAGUAAUAAAAGACCAGCACGAGAUAAUAAUAGUGUUUGAUUUAGAAUGUGACCACAUUGCUCUUGAUUGUAUGAAUCUGUUUUUUUAUGAAAAUGGCAGCUUGAAUAUUAAAUGGUAAAUGGUC